AGAUAACCAUCUGUGAUCCUAAACUCACCACCUGCUGUGGUUUCAUUGUUAAAUCAAGAUGAUGAAACCAUCCAGCAUCUUGAGCUGAGCUGUCAAUCAGCAGCAGUAGUCUUAUCUGUGGGCAGCAGGGGCUGAUGGGAGCUUUGAGGAGCCGUUAGAAACCACGUGGUCCUCGUCUGAUCUCACAGCUCGUCCUUGUUUGGCCUCAGCUGCAUCAGAGCUCCACUUCUCCCCAGGUUCACCAGAGGAAACACCACUGCACAAAAUGCUUUUCCUCCCAGCUGCUGCUCUGUGCUGUCUGUGUUCAGCGCUGGCUGCCAUGGCAACACAGCUGAGUCAGGAUGAUUUAACUAUGACCAGGAGAGAAGGUCAGAGCAUCUCCUUCAGCUGUGGAGGAACGGAUCAGUGUGAUGGUGGUUAUGUAACCUGGUACCAGAAGAAAGAAUCAGAAACAUUCAAAGUGAUACUUAGAUUUGAUACAAGAGAUUCUACCAUAUAUAACGACUUCAAUCAUCCUCAGAAAGAUGAUUUCUCAGCGAGCAACACACAGAACGGCUGUGAGUUGAAGAUAAAUACAGUUAAACCCGAUCAUUCAGCCUUCUACUACUGCGGCUGCUAUAAGUUUGGAACCACAGUGAGAAAUGAUCCCUGCAGCCUGAACAAAAACCUCCAGAUGAACUGGACCGACCCACUGACUGACAUCAACAUCAGAACCAUGCUGCUAGUGUGGCUAAAAGAGAAGAGAAGAAGAGACAGUCAUGUUGAUGUGAACAUUAGAGAAACACAUCAUGGAGCUGAAAUAUGGUCCUGCUUCAUCAUUUGGACCGGUUCACCUCAGCUGACCCAUUCAACAGCAGACUGGGUUUUGGAGCAGUCUUUCUCACUGUGUGGAGGGUUCUGGUACCACAUCUUUGGUUCUGGAACCAAACUGUAUGUUUCAGAUGAGAAGGUAGUGAAGCCCGUGGUGAGCGUGUACCCAGCAGCAUCCAGAGCCCACCUGGAGGGGAAGAGCUCCCUGCUGUGUCUGGCCUCAGACAUGUUUCCUCCUCUGGUCCAGAUCUCCUGGAAAAGACAGAAGAAGGACGGUGAUCUGGAGGAUCUGCCCCCUGCUGAGGGAGAGCAGCUGGAGCUCAGAGAGUCGGGUCGUACCGCCUCCAUCUUACUGGUCCAUCGGCAGGAGAACGGCUCAUCUAAAUACAGCUGCUCUGUCCAGCAUGAGGGAGGCAGAGUGGAGGCCCAAACACUACAAGAGCUUCCAGCUCCAGCAGCCUCCUGUCCUCCAGAGAGACCAGACCUGGCAGCUCUGCAGCAAGCUGACUUGUCCUUCCAGUCUCAGUGCAGGGUGAAGCUGCUCUGCCUGCUCUACACGGUGCUGAUAGUGAAGAGUCUGGUGUACUGCUGUGGACUCUCUCUGCUGAUGAUGCUCAGAACCAAGGGACCGUCCACCAUCUGAACACCUGCUGACUCACUGUUUUCUCUCCAACUUUUCUUCCUCUCAUCGUUGUUUUGCUGCAGUUUAGUCGGCUUUAAAACUUUGUGGUUGGUUGCAGAAAAGAUGAUGACAUGUUUCUGUCAUGCAGUGUCAUUUCUAACAUCUAUUUCCUUUCAUUGUUUGUCUGAGCUUGUAAUUGCUCCCUGCUGAACUGUAUUAUUUAAUGACCUAAUUAUUAAUCCUCACUGAAAAUGAUUUAUUCAUGUUUAAUUUAAUGUGAGAUAAACAUCACUUCUGAGCUCCUUCACAUUUAUAAAGUAAGAUUUUCUUAACAAAUUGAACAAACAGCAGAACCAGCUGCUUUUAAAGAAUCAGAAUCAUUUCCAGCAGAGUUUUGACUUUAACAAAAGUUUUGUUUUGAACAGAUUUUUCCCAGAAGAGUCGGCUGUUUUGCCCAAAAGAAACCACAUUUAUUUUGCAACUAAAUUAUGAAAUAGAAAAAGAUUCUUUGAGAAAACUUUAUCUUGCUUUCUUUUGUAAUUUUUGUGUUUCUAAGGUGCAAAUCCUAUGAUUUGGUCUAAAUGUUCUUGUUAUUUCUGCAGCAUGUAAUGUUUUAUUUUACUUGGUUUUAUAAGUCAGUUGGAUUUAGGAGAACACUGAGAAUAAAUGAUGAUGGUUCUCU